AUGGAUGGGAAUAGUGAGAAAAUCCAAUUCUCAUGGGGGAAGUGUAUAGCUAAAGGUGUUAAAACAGGUUCACGAUUCUAUGGGUCCUUCACAUUUGACAAUGUGAAGUAUUCGUUGUAUGACUGUGUCUAUCUGUUUAAGCAUGGUGAUCCUGAACCAUACAUUGGGAAGAUUAUUAAGAUUUGGGAGCAAAAUCAGGCUAAGAAAGUAAAAAUUCUUUGGUUUUUCCUCCCUGAGGAGAUUCAGAAAUAUUUAAGAGGCCCUGUGGUGGAAAAGGAGAUUUUUCUUGCUUCUGGUGAUGGUAGCGGGCUUGUGGAUAUCAAUCCGCUGGUUUUGGCUGCCACAUUCACCGCUCCCUGUUCAGCCGCUAAAGAGGAUGAUGAAAGUCCGGCUACUGCAGUUCCCCUUCCUCAGGCAUCAGUUAAGGAGGUGGAUGAAAAUCCGCCUGCUGCUAUUCCCCUUUCACAGUCUGUGGUCAAGAAAGAGGAUAAAAAAUCAAUAGCUGCCAUUCCCCUUUCUCAUUCAGCAGUCAAGGAUGAAAAACCAGUUGUUUCGGCUCCCCAUCCACAGUUAUCAGUUACGGUCAACAUUCCGAAACAUAAAGAGUCACAGAAAGCUCAUGCUGGGGAGAGGCCACCAAAAAAGUUGAAAUUAUCCCAAGAAGCUACAGGGCAGGACAUGGUCCCAUCUAUUACUGACAAAAGACCUUUGGCGCUACCAUCAAGACAAGCUCCAUGGGAUGACAGACUACAGAUGGCUGAUAAGCAGGGGACACUUGUAUAUAUUCAAAAUCUUGAUAUUCAGUUUGGAGGUGCUGACUUAGAGGAGCUGGUUCGUGAAGCACUACAGCUAAGUUGCAUUGCCAAGCCCAUUAACCACCCCACCUGUGAUGAUCCAAACAAUGGAAAAGCAUAUGCUAUAUUCAGGACUAAAAAUGAUGCUGAUGUGGCUAUUUCAAAAAUCAAUGCAGGCUUGGUUGUUGGUGGAAGACCUCUCUACUGCAGCAAAGGUUUACUCAAGGUUCCGAAAUCUUCAGGAACUCUUGUUGGGCACUUGACCUUACGUAGUAUUAAAAUUGGUAAAAGACAGCGAGAAGAGCAGAGUAAGGCUGUAUUGACGUCACAUUGCUCUCAGCCCAACACGAUAGAACGCAUAGAGAUCAUAGGAAGGGGUUUGCAAGUAUGGGCAGCAAGAGUGCAAGGAUAG